AGAGAAUGUCAGCGCGCUUCGAAAAGAGAGCGAGCAGAAGUAUAGUGGAGCAGCGUUUGGAAGAAUCAGGGAACUGCUACAUUCCUUCUAGGCAAAGCACUAAUGGAAGUCUAGUGUCUGGCGGUUGAGUGAGUGUGCUGCAGCGCGGGAUCGUGACCGUUCAUUCGCAAAACUUCGAUGCCAACAGGAUUACUUGCAUCCAGUAGUAUAAGAGGCAGAAGACUUGGAAAACUCAGGGCAGAUAAGAUGGCGUGGUCUUAAUCAUUUUGUGGAAGACACCCGGAGUGCUUCCACUGACCAGAAUCCCACUUGUACCCAGGUGGAACUACUGCAGAUCAAAGAAGCUUGCAACACAGACAUACACUUUUCCAACAUGAAUCGUGCUUUUAGCUGGAAAAAAGAUAAAACGUGGAUGCAUACUCCCGAAGCUUUGGCAAAACUCUAUAUAUCCUACAAUGCAAAGUUUCUUGGAAAUACAGAAGUUGACCAACCAAAAGGUACAGAAAUCGUGAGGGAUGCUGUUCGAAAAUUAAAGUUUGCAAGACAUAUAAAGAAAUCUGAAGGACAGAAAACGCCUAAAGUGGAAUUACAAAUCUCGAUCUAUGGGGUGAAAAUUCUAGAUCCCAAAACAAAAGAAGUGCAGCACAAUUGCCAGUUGCAUCGGAUAUCAUUCUGUGCAGAUGAUAAGACGGACAAGAGAAUAUUCACAUUUAUUUGCAAAGAUGCAGAAUCUAAUAAACAUCUGUGUUUUGUAUUCGACAGUGAAAAAUGUGCUGAAGAGAUUACUCUAACGAUUGGCCAAGCAUUUGACUUGGCUUACAAGAAGUUUCUAGAAUCUGGAGGAAAAGAUGUGGAAACAAGAAAACAAAUAGGAAGCCUUCAGAAAAGAAUUCAAGAAUUGGAAACUGAAAAUACAGAACUAAAAAAGCAAGUGCAAGUUAUGCAGGAACAGUUAAUGCUCACUAAAGUAUGCCCGUUGCUGCAUAUAAAUUCUGCUAACCAACAACACGUGCUUGAAAGACCUUCGUCUCUCUUCUGGUGUCAUAAUAUGAUGUCCGCUUCUUAUUUAGAAAUCUCUUCCAUUACACUUACUCCAAUGAGCUCUCCUGAAUCCAACUUAUCCACUGGGCUACUAACUCCACCUCCCUCUAAAAGCACUCUACCAAAAGCUGUCAGUGGAUACAGUAUUCCAAGGCCUCGUGCAGGCAGCGUGACAGUUAAAUCUCCACCUACAGACAUCUUUGACAUGGUUCCAUUCUCACCAGCCUCACCUGUAUCACCAGUACCAGCGAGUAAUGGUAUGCAGCCACCUGCUCUCCCUAGAAGAUCUAAUGAAACUGAAAAAGAUCUUUUUGGCGCUGAACCGUUUGACCCCUUUAUCUGUGGGGAAGCAGACUUUCCACCAGACAUCCAGUCCAAGCUGGAUGAAAUGCAGGAGGGGUUCAAAAUGGGACUAACACUAGAAGGCACUGUGCUUUUUCUUGACCCCCUAGACAGUCGCUGCUGAUGCCAAGUUGACAUUUUGUUGUAUUCAUGUUUUAUGUUUUGAAAGUGCACAUUUUGAUUGAGAGUUUAGAUGCAAGGUUUUGCAUCUUUAAAUUAAAAGUCUGUGUCAAACACUACACCUUCAAAUGUGUACAGUAACAGUGUCUCACAAAAUGUUUUUUUUUUUUUUGUAAGCACUACAUUCAAGGAUUGAGCAAGCUGUACAUGCUCACAGUAAAGGUCACCUGUGUAAUUAAUUUAAUAGGGAGGAUACGCUGGUUUCUUACUCAGACUUUGUACAGUCAUUGUUCCACCAUAAACAGGACAAGUCUGACCAAACUGCGAGCUUUAAUUAUGUACAGUACAUGUCUUAUGAUAACAAAAGGAACUUGGCAGUAACAGUUUAGUUUACUUGUCGUACUAUCUUUCCGUUGCCAUAUGUUCAGCUCGCUUCUAAUCAUCAUUACUUUUAAAGGUUCUGGGCCAUAUUUACAAAACUUUAAGGAUAAAUAUUUACAAAACUUUUGUGAAAAAGGCCCAGUGUUGCUAUAAGGAUUUUGGUAGGUUUGACUGUAUGUUGUCAGGGUGCGUUUUAUUACUGAAGGUUUUCCACAUUAAUGUUUUGAUGAACUGUAAAUGUCUGUUGCCUUCUAUGUUUCAUAUUACACUUGGUCUGAGUACCGUCUUACACCAGAAAGCACUUUUUAAAUAUCUUAUGCAUACAAAAAAGUGAGCUCAUCCUUUUGUAGAAUAUUUUGUCAAAGUCACUAUAAGAAACCUUAACUGUCAUCACUCCAUAGUAUAGUUUUUGGUAUUUUUUAUUUUCAAAUAAUAGCAUUCUUCGAACUUGUCAACUGCCCAGUAUCCAAAAAGAAUGAAAAAUAUAUACUUUUAUUUCAUAAUUUAGAAAAACACAGUUGUCACUGCAGCCCAUAGUGGUACCCUAAAGAAAACCAGACCAGGUUUUAUAUGACUAUACACUCGGUCUUUGGCCUUGCAGAACUGCAAUUCAGUUUAAUAUUUGUGCAUUUACAGUAAAGACUGGGUGUUAAUGUUUGGUGCACUAAUUUGUAUUUCUUUAAUACCACCACUGUUAACUUAGCAUUAUUUUAUGAAUUAUGACUGGAUUGAGGUAAUCUGAAUGUUUCUGUCUAAAGUAAUGAUAAUUUCUGCCUAUAAAAGCAAAAUUGAUAGAUUAUGGCAGUAUCAGACCAUUAAGUACAGAACCAUAUGUUAAUGGAAAAGAGGAACUGAAUAGUUCACCUGUAUAAAACUACACUAAUCUGGACCUUAAACCCAGAUUCAAAUACAAGGUUUGUGCUGACCGCGGUCAAGUUCUUAAAAAUCCCAAAUAGUAUGUGACCUGUAAUAUUGCCACUACAAAGCUUAGUUAAAUACUCAAUAGAAACUGCAGGCAAUUUCAACAUUUUAGCAGCUGUAAUUGAAUGUACCUUAUGUUAACAGUAUGCAUUUUUAACACUGAAUUGGCACACAUCCUGGCUUUAUUCACAUCACAAAAAUUAAUUGGCAAAACUAUUAGUUGGCCAGGCCAGAAAUGCUUAAAUAGAUUUACUAAAACCCAGUUAAAUAACAAUUGUUAAAGUAAUCCAAACAUGAAGUUUCUUGAUUGAAAAACAAAUAUUAACUUUUCUUCAGUUUUUACCAUUAUAAUUCUGUUCAACAUCUGAACAUACAGUACAAAGUGUCAAUUUGUCUUAAAGGGUUUGUGCACUUGUAGUCAAAUGCGUGUAUGCUUUUGUAGUAUUAAUGUUUUUAAAUGUAUAUAUAAGUUCAGUAUUACAGACUUCCGUUAUUGUAUUUUACAAAACAAGCUUACUUUAAUAUAAUUUACAAAUGAUCACAGUUUAUAUAGAACUGUGGAUGUAGUUUAAAAAAUCAGUUAUCCACAAUUUAUUUUAUCUUUUAUAUACUAAAGCUAUUUUAGUGGCCAAAAAAAGUUGAUUUUUUAAAAAGAAGCUUUGUAUUUUUAACUGUAUUUUGCAAAUUCAUUCAAAUUGAAAGGAACAGUUUUAUCACAAAUGAACUCACCAGUGUGCUGAAAUUAAGUAUGGUUAACUGCACAGUUUUCUUAAAACAUUAAUCUUUACCAAUUAUUUUUAUAAGUCAAUGGAUUUGUGAAUGUUAAUGAUAUUGAUAUGAACAGAACACACACUAUGAAAAGUUGAUGUCAGUGCAUGUGAGCUCCAGAGUGGCAAGCACACAGUUCAAUAUAUUCCUUUGUAAUAAUCUGAAGUGUAUGGAUUACAUUUUGCCUAUAUUAAAUCACUUUGUGAAAAAAAUGCAAUGGC